AUCAAGCUUAGACAAAUUCAUAUUUUUAAACGUACGCGACCAGUUAAAACGUUUCUGAGUGAACUGUGAUAAUAAAUUGUAAUAAAAAAUAUAAUUAUAAUAAUACCAAGGCUAACAACAAUAACAUAACUAAAUAAAACGUAUUGACAAAGCCUCGAGGAAAGAAUUUUUGUGUUAUUAGUAUCACUCAUAAUGAUACGCCAAAUAAAUUUUGUAUCGGUAAUCCUUCUAGGCUUUGGAAUAUUAUUUAUCAGAGAAACAUCAUGUUAUCCGGCAGAAACAUCAGAUGAUUUUUUAUCUCUUGGACUAAAUUAUUUUACAAAAACAGCAAAAUCAGUUUCUCCUAAUUAUGGAUUUAACAGACUGUUAUCUCCAUUUUCAGAUCUUCAGACCAGAAUUCGUAAUAGUAUGCAUAAUACUGAGCGAAAUAAUAUAGAUUGGAUCCAAAAAUCUCUGCAUCCAUGGCAGAUAAAUAGAUAUAAUGCAGAGAAAUCAAAGGAAAACUUUGAAAAACAAUAUAGAUCUAACGAAGAACCUAGUAAUUUGCAAUGGAAUAUCUUUACGAAUAAAAAUAUCGGAAAGUUAUCGUCUGUGACUCCAAAUAAUGUAAUUGUAAGCGAUGAUCGGGCAACUGAACAGUAUGUAAAGUAUGCUACGAAUAAAGCUGUGUGCAACAAUGAUGAUAACACAUAUGAAACUGAAACUUCAACAAGUACUGAAGCAACAACUGAAUUUACAACUGAUUCUACUGAAUAUACAACCGAGAUUGAUGAACUAUCAAAUCGACUCGCCGUACCGCCCCAAGUUGUUGCAUCACUUCUUGGAUGA